GGACCUUGAUUUCCCCUGGCAGCAGCUGCCAUUUGAUCCCCUGCUUUGGCUUUUGAAUGGCGCGCCCUGAGAAUGCCAGAUGUGGUGAACAAAGGUCUAAAAAUAAUCCGUCCAGUGAUCAGUCCAGGGGAAUAGGCGCCUCGUGGGAACACGAGACGGGAGAAUCUGAUCUAUUUUUGCACAAGAACGUUCAGCAACCGCUCCAGGCUCCUGGCUGUGGGCUCCAAAGCUUUUUGUGUGUUUGUUUGAUUUUUUUUCCCCUCCCAGAAGCUGUACAGCAAAGAGCCGUUUGCUCCAGCAGUCAGCUCUCUCUCUCCCUCUGUCUGAUUCGCCGGGCUCCUGGAAAGCUGGGAUCCUUAUUUCUAUUUCUCACCAGGAACAUGGAAUCCAGCAGCAAUGGGCUGGUGCCCACACUGCAUUUCUGUAAAAAGAUCUUUGCUGCAGCCUUGUGUAUGUCAGUCUUGCUCCCAGAAUCGGGCUUGUCCAAGAAUCUUUGGAAACGUGCGCUCCAUCUGAAACGGACAGAGAAAUAUGAUGAUUAUGAGUACCCUCUUCAUUCUCACAGUGCCCACUACCAGAAGAAUGACCGCUGCCCUCCGCCCCCGCAGACUUUACCAGAACGAGCAUGUGAGGUGUCCAGCUGCCGCUCAGAUUCCGAAUGUGAAAGACACAAGCGUUGUUGUUACAAUGGGUGUAUCUAUGCCUGCUUGGAGUCAGUACAGCCACCUCCAGUUUUGGACUGGUUGGUGCAGCCGAAACCUCGCUGGCUUGGAGGAAACGGAUGGUUGUUAGAUGGACCAGAGGAAGUUUUACAAGCCGAGGCCUGCAGCACCACUGAGGACGGGGACGAACCUCUGCAUUGCCCCACGGGGUACGAAUGCCACAUCAUCAGCCCUGGGAACACGGCCGAAGGGAUCCCCAACAGGGGUCAGUGCAUCAAGCUACGUGGAAAUCCUGAUGGACGGAACCUUAGGAAUAAAUAUUACAAGGAGUAUUUUGGGAGUAAUUCCAAUAAUGUAGUUGGAUAUGUGAAACAGCAGCAGAAGCACUUAGGUUAAGCCGGUGGAUCUAGCUAUUAAGUGGAUCUAGCUAUUUUUGAAAAAAAGAUGCCACCCAAGAAUUGUCUGGUUCAGAUGAACUGCAGCCCCAAAUCUUCAGAUUCAACCCUUCAGCAUCUUCCUGAUAUCACCACAUUGUGGAUAAAAGAACUGCCUGGUGCAAGAACAGCCAUUCUAGACCUCAGAGCUGUGACCAGUGGGAGAAAUCCAUUCCUUUGCAAGCAGCUGGAGAGUUUAUGAGUGGCACCGUUACAACUGGAACAGAAAACCAGCCUGAUCCACAAUUUCAUUUCAGAGCUGUAUCAGCAUAGCACACACGUUAGCAGACUGAUUCUGAAUUCGCUUACAAAGGUGUAACUCAGGAGUGACAUUGGUCUAAAAAUGGUGCCUUGGCAUUUAGCAUUAGACCAUUGGUUUUUCAAAUAUAUGUGUGAUGAACACAUUCAGUGACCUUCAUAUUGUAUGUACAUCAUAUUAAGAGCACUCAGGGGUCCCAUAAGGAAAUGAAUUGAUUGGUAGUUUAUGCAUAGCAUGACUUUAAUAUGUUCACUAAUGAAAAUGGGCCAAAUUUGUCUCGGUUGCAUCACCAUUGAAAUCAGUGAAAGCUCCACCAGGGAUGAAUUUACCCCAAGGAACAACUAUUUUUUAUUUAGUCUGCAAGGUGAUCUAUGUAAUUAACAACAUGUGUUUGAAAAUGGUCUACCAUGGUGCUCGUCUGAUAUUCUCUUAGGCCCGGUCUACACUAAAGGGGAAAGUCGACUCAAGAUAUUUUGACUCCAGCUAUGUUAAUUACAUAGCUGGAGUCAAAGUAUCUUAAAUGAUGUUUUGUUGUCGUCCACACAACAGGAGGUUGACGGGAGCACAUGCUCCUGUCGACUUCCCUUAUUCUUUGUGAGGAGCAGGACUACUGGCGCCGACAGGAGAGCCCUCUCCAUUCGAAUUAGUGGGUCUUCACUAGACCUACUAAUUCGAACCUCAGAAGAUCGACUGCGGCAGCACUGAUCUUCUCCAUAGCGUAGACAAGGCCUUAAAGACUAACGUUUGUGCAAAUUCUUCCUCUAGAGUUUGGAAUCCCUAUAUGGUAAAGGAGAAGAUAAAAAUGCUCUGCAUUCUAUAUAGUUUCUUUUUGACCAACUAAAAUGUCCAGGUUUUGUAAAAUUUCAUUCCAGU